AUGGCUUCCGCACCUCUACCACUACUCCCUUGGGACAAAUCCUCUAUUCUCUCCUCUAAACAGUCCUCUGACUCAUACAAGUCUAUUCAGAAGACAGCUGUAGAUCUGUUUGCUCUCGGAUAUCCUGAGUAUGCGAACCAACUCAUCAACACUCUAUGGAAGUACGGCCAUGGCUUGGAAUUCGACUACGCGUUUGCCGAAGACACGCUAAGAUGCAUAUACUAUGCAUGGGACGCCACCGAUACAAUCCCGUCAUUUGCUAAGAAUCCUAGCUUAGAAAAGAUCCUCAAUGGCCCUAUUUCUGGCGAACAAAACGAAAAACGGCAAAGAGUAGUGGUUGAAGGUUGGACCGAUGGGCUUCCACAAGAUAUGCGAGAGAGGAUACUCAAGGGAUCUCUGCGUGACGAAGACCUGCAUAUCACAACGAAACGUCUGAGAUCACUCUCCGAUGAUAGCGACCUUGUGCCUAAAACAGAUUAUUUUACCCUUGCGGCAUUGGUAGAGGUUGCUGUGCUGGCAGGCAGGGAUGAUGUAGCGAAGGAGUUGGUGCGACAUGAAAUGGCAGAGCGAUAUCGUCAGCUACAAGAAAAGAGUGGAGACAAGUACUUAGAAGAGUACGAGUUCCGGAAAUGGCAAGACAGACAUCUGGGCCUAUCACAAUCUCUGCGCAUAUGGAAGAUCCUCAAGGAUGUUGCACUGGGAAAGAUUCUGCAAAUAGACGAAGAAACACUAAAGAGAUUCGUCCAAGAGGGCUGUGAGCUUAUGGAGAAACGCUUCAUUCACGGACCGGAUCGCCCUCACGCGGAUAAGUCGAUACGUCAACUACUUCAGAUUCUUGACCAGAAUUACGUUGCAGCACGCAAACUAGAUCCCGAAUCAGGCAGGGUGAUGAACGUUGUUGGGAACACAGCGCCAGACACGUUCUUACGACCCGGUGUGACUGAAGCGCAGAUCGAAGAGCUUGAGAAGCGACUGGCACAAAACCCAGCACCGAACGCGGAGGACGAUAAACCGAUGCUACCCAAUGGAAAGCUACCCGAAGAUUACAAGGAGUUUCUGCGCAUAUCUAACGGAUACUUCCCCGAAGGUAAUCCAGAUUCUGGGUUGUUAUUCAGCCAGGAAGAGGUUGGUACCGCAGAUUGUACGUUUCUCUGCGACGAUUCUAUGGAUUUAGGAUUCUCGCUUUUCCCUUACGACUACACAUCGAUACAAGGCAUCGAUAACAUACAACUCGGUCACUUCGACUGCUUCACCAUCGGUAUUGGCGGCGAUGAAGGAACUGUCAUUCUAAUCCCCCCUACUUCGGUAAAGCCAGCCAUAGAGGCCUUUGAAGCUGCAUACGCUGGCGCGAGCGAGGAGAACAAGAGAAUAUACGAACGUGGAGCGCUAGACUUGUAUGGAGGGGUAGACGAAUUGAGGAAGUUGGAGUGGCUGUGUAUCAAGUGGGAGCAUUGGAACACAGAUCAAGAGACUUGGGGCGGAUUCAAGGCCCAUUUAGAGUAUUGCGUUGAUGUAGCAAUCAAGGAGAGAAAAACAGAAGAAGGAAAAGCAGAGAAAAGAGAACGGGAGCGCAGACUGAGAGAGAACAUUGGACAAGAGGACGAGGCAAAGGGUGGGAAGAGAAAACGCAAAAGUUCGAAUAAAGGUGAGCCAAACAAAGCCACCAAGGUUGAUGCAGUUGAAGGCUAA